AUGGAGCAAGCACCAGCUAUACGCUUUAAGCGACGGGAGGGGUCUAGGUAUUUAACCUAUACUCACUACUGGGGAAGCCGUUCACGUUUGUGCCGACACCUUGAGACUCAUUCAUACCCAAAUCAUGUAGUGAAGGUCGUAGCAAGGGAAAGGGAUGAUCUUCUUGAGCGUACGGAACAUGCUCUCGACAUACGCCGUCAUCAGUUGGAGAGGAUGCAGGAGAUGGAGUUACGUGCCAGACAUGCUGAGGAUAGGGAAUGGGAUGCGUGUGCUAAGGCAGAGGAACAGAUUGUACGCAAAGAUCAGGAGCUCGAUCAGUUGCGUGCAGAGCUACAGUUAGCACGUGCAGAAAAACAGUCAGCAUGUGCUGAGUUUCAGCACUACAGGGAGAGUGUACUUGCAUGUGCUAACGCCCUCCUUCAGGCUUCUCGUCUCCACGUGGAGGCCAUGGAGGGUCCUGAGGCGAUGGUUGAGUGA